CAUACAUACAUAUAUACAUACAUACAUUAUGUCUACACUACUCUGCAGCCUUACUGACAUUGCUAUUUUUAGAUUCCAAUGUAACUGCAGCUUAUCGUUAACAUCUUUGCUGCGCCGAGAAUUUCCGAGAAGGUGCUAGUUUCUGAGAAUUACAUGACCCAGUUAUUUCAGCGUUACACUAUCAACUGCUGUACUCUAUGUAACGAACAUAGUCGUAAUUGAUGAACAGUUUUACUUUAAAUACAUGGAGGAAUCACAGUCGCAGUCUAAAUAUUAUGUAAUGAUUUUGUAGUUUGGAGUUCUGGGAAUGAUAACAGCAGACCGAUAUCAGCAUACUCCUACUCAGGAUAAGUAUUCGUUAAACAUCAAAGUAAGUCAAAGGGAUUAAGUACACCUCUAACGAAGACUCACCUGGAGACGUGACAAUUGUUCCAGUUUCUUGUACAGACAAAAUGAGUCGGGAUCGGCACCGUGGAGUUUUACCAACAACAUGUUGCUUUGCUGUGUACAUGUUUCUCCUGAUACACCACGGUGACAGUACAACUCCACGACACUUCAACAAGACAGGCUGUGUCAGCGGCUUCUACGGGUCUGACUGUAGACGGAGCUGCCGAGGAAACUGUUUGAAUGGACGGUGUGCCUUACUGGCCAAUGGUCGAUCCGUCAACUGUACGGAGGGGUGUGUGUUGGGGUGGAGGGGGUUAACGUGUAGUACUAGGUGUAAGCGUCCGUGUCUGGAGUGUGACAGAUACACGGGAGAUUGUGUGGGACAAUGCAGGGAUGGUUUCUGUGGAGCUGGGUGUUUACAGCGAUGUCCAUAUCAAUUUUCGACGUGUGACAAAAGUUGUGUAACGCCGAGGAAACCGAAAAUGACUGAUGCAUUGAGGGAGACACAUGGUAGUAACAAAGAAGGUUUGGACGUGAAUCCUUGCACGGAGAAAUUUGGCAACAAUUGCUAUAACUGCAAUCAGUGCUCUGAAUGCCUGACGGGGUAUUAUGGAAGCAAAUGUGAAGAGAAGUGCACUGAAAACUGCCAGUUUGACUGUGAUAUCCAAACGGGUCUCUGCAGAGCAUGUAAAGAUGGCUUCUACGGUGACAACUGUUCAGUUCCGUGUUCGACGACAUGUUAUAGGAAACCUUGUAAUAUAUCAACUGGGGCUUGUGAUGAUGGCUGCGGAAAAGGAUCUUGUUCUCCUAACACUGGAUGUGACAAAACUUGCAAUGCCAAUUGUCCAAACAAUUGUCACUUUGAAACAUGCUCGUGCUUACCGUCAUCUUCACCCGAGACUACGUCCGCAACACCCAGUUCCCCUAAGCAAGGUGGCAUAUUGGCAGUAUACUGGAUCUGCUUCAUUGUAAACACGAUGCACCUGGUCAUCGUCAUCAUCUUCAUCGUAUACGGCUACGAAAAGAAAUGGUGGACUUCACUAAACUGUUUCUGUCAAAAAAAGCCAGGGAGCGAAUCAAGUGAACCAGAUCAAGCAGGAAAUCUCAUGCAAAUGUCCGGCAAAUGCAAGGGGACACCGGAUCAGACUCCCGGGGACAGUGUGACAGAAGAUGAGGCGAACACAGUUUCAAGAACCUCAAAGAAAAGCUGUUGCAACCCUGUACAAUCCAUAGGACGAAAAGCAAGAGGAUUAGCAUUAGCAUUAGUAUGUGGCUAUGUCUUGAUGAAUAUUAUUGUGUGUGUAAUACUUUAUUACAACAUAUAAGGCAAUUCAUAUGUAUCAAUAUGUAUGCACUCUUGUAGUUUUGUAAAAUAAGAAUGAUUGAACCCCUCUCUUCAUCCCCACGAUAGGAUGUUAGUGAACAAUUUCGACUACAUAAGGAACGCGGGGCGCGGUGGGUGAUCCAGCGAUGUUCAGGUGUCGGGAUCGAGCCCACCUGUGACCGGGUGUAAAAACCUUGGAGUCAACUUUAUGUGCAGACUCUUUCAGUGUUGUCACAACCCCUAGUAUACAGUACACAACCCUGUGCAGUUGAAAGAACCUACGAAUCCGUUGAUAUAUGACCAGAUGGUGGCCACAUGAAUACGUGCAAA